AUGUAUGUAUUGGCACUUUAAUAGUUAGAAUAAAUUUCAUUUGAUUAAUCUGAAAUUAAAGACGAGAGUUUCUUGGAUCAAUCGGAUCUCUAAUUCAGUAUUCCCAAUUCUCCAAAAAUAGUAACUCCAAAUACUAAAUUUUUGAAUUAGAUUUACGAUAAAAAUGAAAUGAAAUUAGCUUAAUAAUAACCAAUAUCGUAAUAGAAGUAGAAUUAAUUUUCAAAACCAUUUUAGUAAGAAACAAAAAAAAAGGAUUUUGAAAUUUCAACAUUUAAUGAAGAACUCUUUUUUGGAAAUUAAAUUGCAAGACCUUUAUAGGUAUCACCUAAUAAUGAAUCCAAAUAAGUAAUAACAGAUUAUCGAGAACCGUAGGUGUAAAUCUAUGGUUUGAAUUCAGCUUUGAGAGUGGAGGAGGAGACAGAAAAGAUCAUCGAGCAAUUAGUCAAUGAAGCAUCGAACAGUUUGAAUAAAAUAGAAUUGAUUCAGUAGUAUGCUUAUCAAACCAAUGCUGGAAUCCUUACAAACUUGGGAGUUAUAAACAACUUCAUCAAUUUGAUGUGCUUUGCUAUUUUAGGUACACAAUUGAAAUCUAAGGAUAUAGAAAGCAAUCAGGAGGAAUUUCUGAAGAGAAUGAACACUCCCUAUGGUAGGAAACCCAUAAGCAGAUUGAGAUAAUUACAUGGUUAGGAUGAUUUCGAAGAUCAUCAUGAAGUUCAACCACUCUACUAAAUAAAACAAGUUAUGGAAACUCAAAAUUAGUAUGAAAAAAUUCACAACUAGGCCAUAUUUGAUGCUUUCAAUGAAGCCUUGAAUAUUCUGAGACCCUUCUACCAAGACGAAGGAAUUCCCUACCCUUGGUGCACUGAGACCAAUAUUUCUCAGAGAGUCUGUUAUGGAAUAGAGGACAUAACGAUUAUUUUAGAGAGGGCAAGAUAGAAAGUGUUUGAUUGGUCGAAGACUUUAUGUGGAUUGUUAUCUGAUGAGAUUCCUGUGAUAUCGGUUAGACAACUGAAUUAUGAGUAACUCAUAAUUAUGCAGGAAUGCCAAGGAAAUGAUUCAUUGGCCUACAUCAAUGAGGAGAGGAUACAGAGUUGUCUUUAGAUAGAAUUGUAAGAGGGCGAAAGAAAGUGGUCUCAGAUGACACAGGAGUACUCUGAGGUUCUGAUGGAGAUAGCAGAUUACCUAUUUGAAGAGUUGACUGAAGAGAUGGUCGUUGAGGUUUUUAUGAAAUGA